AUGUCUGCAACUCUUUUUCUUGAAGAUGGAACAAAAUUUAAAGGACAACUGUUUGGUGCACAUACUUCUGUAACAGGAGAACUUGUCUUCCAAACUGGGAUGGUCGGGUAUGUUGAGUCAUUGACUGAUCCAUCAUAUGCCAAACAACUUCUUACUUUAACUUAUCCUUUAAUUGGUAAUUAUGGUGUUCCUGAUGAAUCUGUUGUUGAUCAGUAUGGAUUACCUAUUGGAGGUUUUGAAAGUUCUAAAGUUUGGCCAGCUGCUUUGAUUGUUGAUCGUGUUUGCCCUGAUGGAGAACAUAGCCAUCAUGAAGCUGUUAGUAGUCUUAGUGAUUGGUUAAAAAAACAUGGUGUUCCUGGUUUAACUGGUAUUGAUGUUAGAUGUUUAACAAAAAAAAUUAGAGAAAAUGGAACAUUAAAAGCAAAAAUUAUUAUGGAUGGUGAUCCAGAAGAUAAACUUGAUUUUGUUGAUGUUAAUAAAGAAAAUAUUGUUAGUAUUGUAUCAAAAGGAAAGGUACUUGAGUAUGGUUCUAAUACAAUGGAAAUGAAAAUUCUUGCUGUUGAUUGUGGUUUAAAAUAUAAUCAAUUGAGAUGUCUUCUUGAUCGGGAUAUUUCAAUUAAAGUUGUCCCAUACAAUUAUCCAAUUGAAAAAGAAUUAAAAGAUUAUGAUGGUCUUUUUAUUUCUAAUGGACCUGGUGAUCCAUCAAUGGUUGGUGAAUUGAUAGAUAGACUUAAGUUAAUUAUUAAAGAAACAGAUAAACCAAUUAUGGGUAUCUGUCUUGGACAUCAACUUUUAGCAAAAAGUGCUGGAGCUAGUACAUAUAAAUUAAAAUAUGGUAAUAGAGGUCAUAAUCAACCAUGUACUCAUCUUGAUACUGGAAGAUGUUUUAUAACAUCACAAAAUCAUGGUUUUGCUGUUGAUGAAAAUACUUUACCAAAAGAUUGGGUACCAUUAUUUAUUAAUGAAAAUGAUAAAACAAAUGAAGGAAUUGUUCAUGUUGAUAAGCCAUUUUUUUCAAUUCAAUUUCAUCCUGAACAUGCUGCUGGUCCUGUAGAUAUGGAAUGUUUAUUUGAUGUUUUUGUUGAUUCAAUAAAAUUAUAUAGACAAAAAAAAUCAUUUAAUAUUAGAAAUUUAAUUAAAGAAAAAUUAAUUUUUUAUUCUAAUUAUAAUAAAGGUGAACAAACAAAAGUUUUAAUUCUUGGUUCAGGAGGACUUACUAUUGGACAGGCUGGUGAAUUUGACUAUUCAGGUGCUCAAGCUAUAAAAGCAUUAAAAGAAAAAAAAAUUAAGACUAUUCUUAUUAAUCCAAAUGUUGCUACAGUUCAAACAUCUAAAGGAUUUGCUGAUCAGACAUAUUUUCUUCCAGUAACAAAAGAAUAUGUUACAGAUGUUAUUAAAAAAGAAAGACCUAGUGGUGUUUUAUGUACAUUUGGUGGGCAGACGGCACUUAAUUGUGCUGUUGAUUUAUAUAAAGAUGGAAUAUUUGAACAAUAUGGUGUUGAAGUUCUUGGAACAUCAAUUGAAACAAUUAUGAAUACUGAAGAUCGUGAAAAAUUUAAUUUUGAAAUUGAAUCAAUUAAUGAAAAAGUUGCACCAUCAAAAGCUGCUAUAACUUUAGAUGAAGCUAUUAAAGCAGCAUCAGAAAUUGGUUAUCCAGUUCUUGUUAGAGCUGCUUUUGCUCUUGGUGGUUUAGGUAGUGGUUUUGCAAAUAAUGAAAAUGAAUUAAUAAAAAUUGCUCAACAAGCUUUAGCUCAUUCUAAUCAAGUAUUAAUUGAUAAAAGUUUAAAAGGUUGGAAAGAAAUUGAAUAUGAAGUUGUUAGGGAUGCUUAUGAUAAUUGUAUAACUGUUUGUAAUAUGGAAAAUGUUGAUCCACUUGGUAUACAUACAGGUGAAAGUGUUGUUGUAGCACCAUCACAAACAUUAUCAGAUUUAGAGUAUAAUGCUUUAAGAAAAACAGCUUUAAAAGUUAUCAGACAUUUUGGUAUUAUUGGUGAAUGUAAUAUUCAAUAUGCUUUAAAUCCAGAUUCAUUAGAAUAUUAUAUUAUUGAAGUAAAUGCUCGUCUCUCAAGAAGUUCUGCUCUUGCUUCAAAAGCAACUGGUUAUCCAUUAGCAUAUGUUGCAGCUAAAUUAGCACUUGGUGAUAAUUUAUCUAAAUUAAGAAAUACAGUUACUGGUAAGACAACAGCUUGUUUUGAACCAUCACUUGAUUAUUGUGUUGUUAAAAUUCCAAGAUGGGAUUUAAGUAAAUUUGCUCGUGUCUCUACAACUAUAGGUAGUUCAAUGAAAUCUGUUGGUGAAGUAAUGAGUAUUGGUAGAAGUUUUGAGGAAGCUUUUCAAAAAGCAUUAAGAAUGGUUAGUGAAAAUUAUUGGGGAUUUUCACCAUUUUUAUUUGGUAGACAAACAACAGAAAAUGACUUUACAACACCAACAGAUAAAAGAAUGCUUGCCAUAUCAAGAGCAUUAUAUCGUAAUGAAUUUAGUCUUGAAGAAUUAUAUCAAUUAACAAAAAUAGAUCGUUGGUUUUUAUAUCGUAUGAAACAUAUUAUUGAUAUAUAUAAAAAAUUACGUCAAACAUUACCAUCAUUAUUAGAUAAAGAAUUAUUACUUCAAAGUAAACAAUGUGGUUUUAGUGAUCAACAAAUUGCUAAAACUAUUGGUUCUAAUGAAUUUACUAUUAGAAAAAUACGUCAAAAUUUAGGUGUUAUACCAUGUGUCAAACAAAUAGAUACAGUUGCUGCUGAAUGGCCAGCACAAACAAAUUAUUUAUAUCUUACUUAUAAUGGAUUUGAAAAUGAUAUUACUUUUAAUAAUAAAAAUAGUGUUAUUGUUCUUGGAAGUGGAGUAUAUAGAAUUGGAUCAUCAGUUGAAUUUGAUGCUUGUUGUGUAGGAUGUGUUAAUGAAUUAAAAAAACUUGGAUAUAAAACUAUUACUGUUAAUUGUAAUCCAGAAACUGUUUCAACAGAUUAUGAUAUGUGUGAUAGAUUAUAUUUUGAAGAGGUAUCAUUUGAAGUUGUAACAACAAUAUAUGAAAUUGAAAAAAGUAAAGGUGUUAUUCUUGCUUUUGGUGGUCAGGCACCAAAUAAUAUUGCAUUAUCAUUAUCAAAAGCUGAUUUACAACAAAAAAUGAAGAUUUUUGGUACCAGUCCACAGAAUAUUGAUAUGGCUGAAGAUCGUUUUAAUUUUAGUAGACUUCUUGAUAAACUUAAUAUUGAUCAACCAUUAUGGAAAAAAACUGAAAAUUAUGAAACAGCUGUUGAAUGGUGUAAAAAAGUUGGUUUUCCAUGUCUUAUUAGACCAUCAUAUGUUUUAUCUGGUGCUGCAAUGAAUGUAGCACAUAAUGAGGGUGAUUUAGCUAGAUAUCUUAAACAAGCAGCUAUUGUAGCUAAAGAACAUCCAGUAGUUGUUUCAAAAUUUAUUAAUGAAGCAAAAGAAAUAGAUGUUGAUGGUGUUGCUAUGGAUGGAAAAUUAAUAGCUAUGGCUGUUAGUGAACAUGUUGAAAAUGCUGGUAUUCAUUCAGGUGAUGCAACUCUUGUAACACCACCACAAGAUUUAAAUGAAACAACAUUAGAUAAAAUAAAAGAAAUAGCCGCAAAAAUAGCUAGUGCAUUAAAUGUUAAUGGUCCAUUUAAUUUACAAUUAAUAGCUAAAAAUAACAAUUUAAGUGUAAUUGAAUGUAAUUUAAGAGUAUCAAGAAGUUUUCCAUUUGUCUCAAAAACAUUAAAUUUUGAUUUUGUUGGUCUUGCUACAAGAGUUAUGAUGUCUGAUGAUAAUUUAAUUUUAAAACAAUCUAUUAAACCAGUAAAUGUUAUUUUUGGUAAAAAUAAAUGUAAAAAAGUUGGUGUUAAGGUACCACAAUUUUCAUUUUCAAGAUUAGCUGGAGCUGAUGUUAUACAAGGUGUUGAGAUGGCUUCAACAGGAGAAGUUGGUUGUUUUGGUCAAAAUCGUUAUGAGGCAUAUUUAAAAGGUCUUAUUUCAACUGGUUUUGUUGUACCUAAAAAAACUAUAUUCAUUUCUAUUGGUGGAUAUCAUGGAAAAGAUGAAAUGUUAAAUAGUGUUGAAACUCUUGCUUCUCUUGGUUUUACUCUUUAUGCUUCAAAAGGUACAGCUGAUUAUUUUCAAAGUAAAGGUAUUAAUAUUCAAGCUAUUGAAUGGCCAUUUGAAGAAGACUCUACAAAUGAAAAGACAGGUGGUGUAACAAAAAAUGUUAGUGAUUUUUUGGCUAACAAAGAUAUAGAUUUAAUGAUAAAUUUACCAAUAAAAGGUAAUGGUGCUUAUCGUGUCAGUGCUUUUAGUACUCAUGGAUAUAAAACAAGAAGAAUGGCUGUUGAUAAUGGUAUACCACUUAUUACAGAUAUUAAAUGUGCAAAAUUAUUUAUUGAAGCAUUACGUUUAGAAGGAUGUAGACCAAGUGUAAAAAGUCAAAUAGAUUCAAUAACUAAUGCUAAUAUUCGUAGAUUACCUGGACUUAUUGAUGUUCAUGUACAUAUGCGUGAACCUGGUGGUGAACAUAAAGAAACAUGGUAUACUGGAACAACAGCUGCAUUAGCUGGUGGUAUAACAACUGUUCUUGCAAUGCCAAAUACAAAUCCUUCAUUAAUUAAUGAAGAUAUAUUUAAUAUGGUUGAAAGUAUUGCUUCAAAAUCAGCCGUUGUUGAUUAUGGACUUUUUAUUGGAGCUACUGUUGAUAAUGCAAAAAUUGCAGCAUCUCUUUCAAGAAAAGUUUGUGGUUUAAAGAUGUACUUAAAUGAUACUUUUUCAACAUUAAAAUUGAAUAAUAUUUCUGAUUGGACUAAACAUUUUGAAGCAUUCCCAAAAAAUAAACCUAUUGUCUGUCAUGCUGAAAAAGAAACUCUUGCUGCUGUCUUGACUGUAGCUAAUUUAACAGGACAUUCAGUUCAUAUAUGUCAUGUUGCUAGAGAAGAAGAAAUUAUGUUAAUUAAAGCUGCUAAAGAUAAAGGAUGGAAUGUCACUUGUGAAGUUGCUCCACAUCAUUUAUGGUUAACAGAAAAUCAUUUACCAUGUGGAGUAAAAGAGGUUAGACCAAAGUUAGGUAGAGAGAAAGAUAUUGAAGCAUUAUGGAAACAUAUAUCAUACAUUGAUUGUUUUGCUACAGAUCAUGCACCUCAUACUUGUCAAGAAAAAGAAUCAGAAAAUCCUCCACCAGGUUUUCCAGGUGUUGAAUAUAUGUUACCACUAUUUUUAACAGCUGUAUCAGAAGGUAAACUUACUUUUGAUCAAUUAAUUGAAAAACUUUCAACAAAUCCAAAAAAAAUUUUCAAUAUUAUUGAUGACGAAACUACAUAUGUUGAGGUUGAUUUAAAUGAAGAAUGGGAAGUACCAAAGAAUGGUGGUUAUUCAAAGGCUAACUGGACGCCAUAUGCUGGAAUGAAAUUAAGAGGAGCAGUUAAAAAAGUUGUCAUUCGUGGUGAGGAAGUUUAUGUUGAUGGUAAAAUAUUGGCAAAGAAAGGUUUUGGUAAAAAUAUUAUACUUCAUAGUGAUAAAUUAUUAAUGAGAAAUCAUAAUUUACAAAGAGUUUUUGAAAGAACCCCUUCAACUCAUUCAUCAUCAGCUGAAGAGGAAUAUAUUGAAAAUUUCAAACGUUCAGAAUCUAUUAAAGAAGAUGAUGACUCAUUUUUAGGACAGAGUAUUGUUGAUGUAGAAAGUUUAAAUAAAACAAGAGUUCAUCUCAUAAUGACAUUAGCUGAAAAUUAUCGUCAAGAUAUAUUUAGAAAAAAAGAUACUUCAGAUGUUCUUAAAGGAUUCCGUAUGGCUUCAAUAUUUUAUGAACCUUCAACUAGAACAAGUUGUUCAUUCCAAGCAGCUAUGUUACAAUUAGGUGGUAGCGUUAUUAAUGUUGAUUCACAAUCAUCAUCUGUAACAAAAGGAGAAAGUUUAGAAGAUACUAUAACUACGAUGGGUAGAUAUACUCAUAUUAUAGUUCUUCGUCACCCAGAAAUUGGUUCAGCACAAAGAGCUGUCAAAAUUUCUGAUAUUCCUGUUAUUAAUGCUGGUGAUGGUGCUGGUCAACAUCCAACACAAGCACUUCUUGAUCUUUUUACUAUUCGUAUUGAAUUAGGUACUGUUAACAAUCUUACAAUAGCUUUAGUAGGAGAUUUAAAAAAUGGUAGAACUGUUCAUUCAUUAGCUAAGAUUCUUUGUGUUUAUACAGGAAUAACAUUACAUCUUGUUUCACCAACUCCUGAAUUAGGAAUGCCUGAAGAAGUAAUGAAUUAUCUCAGAAAAUAUAGUAAUUUUACGAUUAAAAUAUUUAAUGAUCUUGCUGAAGGAAUAAAAAUGGUUGAUGUUGUCUACAUGACACGUAUACAAAAAGAACGUUUUGCUUCACAAAAUGAUUAUGAAAAUGUUAAAGGAAAAUUUGUACUAACUCCAAAAUUACUAAAUGAAUCAAGAUUAGAUAAUGAUGAAGCUGAAAAAAUAAAUGCUUUUGGUCCAAAUCGUGAACUUCCAAUUGUAAUGCAUCCACUACCAAGAGUUGAUGAAAUAUCAACAGAACUUGAUUAUGAUGAAAGAGCUGCUUACUUUAGACAAAUGGAGAAUGGAGUUUAUGUUAGAAUGGCACUUCUUACUUUAUUGUUAAAAGGAUGUAAUUUCUAA